AUGGUAACGAAUUGGAACAACGAUGAGGUCCGUAUGCUUAUUAACCUACGAAAAACAGACAAUGAACGUUUUCAUCAUAUUGGUCAUGUCAAACGACCAUUUUGGAAGGAGGCGAUGUAUAAUUAUAUUCACUCAAUACCAGGUGGCAAAAAUAGCAGAAAUGGCGAAAUGUACUAUGAAGAGUUUAAAACAGAAUUCUGGCAGAAGCCAGAAACUGAAUACGAUAGGAUGCAUAGAGCAAAUCAAGCGGCUCAGGCAAAAUUCAGUUUGAGUUCAGCGGCAAGUUUUGCAAAUUAUGAUCUAGCAUUAAUUGAUAGUAAUCAAGGAGAUCAAGGGAAGGAGAAUGAAGAAGGAUGUUUUGUUGAUAAUGAAGAAGUUGAUAAUGAAGGAGAAGAAAUAAGUUUAAGUAAUCAAGAGGAUCAAGGGAAGGAGGAUGAAGAAAGAUGUUUUGUUGAUAAUGAAGAAGUCGAUAAUGAAGGAGAAGAAAUAAGUUUAAGUUUUUUAAGUUCAAGUUCUUCAAGUUCAGGUUCUUCAAGUUUAUUAAGUUCUUCAAGUUCAAGUUCUUCAAGUUCAAGUUCUUCGUAG